CGGCCCGCGGGGUCAUGUCGUACAGCGAGCUCUACAGCCGGUACACAAGGGUCUGGAUCCCUGACCCAGAUGAGGUGUGGCGCUCAGCUGAAUUAACCAAGGACUACAAAGAGGGAGAUGAGAGCCUGCAGCUCAGACUGGAAGAUGACACAAUUCUGGAAUACCCAAUCGAUAUCCAAAGUAGCCAGGUGCCCUUCUUGCGGAAUCCAGAUAUCUUAGUAGGAGAAAACGACCUUACUGCACUAAGCCACCUCCAUGAGCCUGCAGUGCUGCAUAACUUAAAAGUCCGUUUCCUGGAAUCCAACCACAUCUACACUUACUGUGGAAUUGUGCUUGUUGCCAUCAAUCCCUAUGAACAGCUGCCAAUCUACGGACAGGAUGUCAUCUAUGCCUACAGUGGCCAAAAUAUGGGAGACAUGGACCCCCACAUCUUUGCUGUGGCAGAAGAAGCCUACAAGCAGAUGGCCAGAGAUGAAAAGAACCAAUCCAUCAUAGUCAGCGGAGAGUCUGGAGCAGGGAAGACGGUUUCAGCCAAGUAUGCCAUGCGCUAUUUUGCCACAGUUGGUGGCUCAGCCAGUGAUACCAACAUUGAAGAGAAGGUCCUGGCAUCCAGUCCCAUCAUGGAGGCCAUUGGGAAUGCCAAGACCACUCGCAACGACAAUAGCAGCCGAUUUGGGAAGUACAUUGAGAUUGGCUUUGAUAAAAAGUACCACAUCAUUGGGGCUAACAUGAGGACCUACUUGCUGGAGAAGUCCAGGGUGGUCUUUCAGGCGGAUGAUGAGAGGAACUACCAUAUCUUUUACCAGCUCUGUGCUGCUGCCAGCCUUCCUGAAUUUAAAGAACUCGCUCUAACGUGUGCAGAGGACUUUUUCUAUACAGCCCACGGAGGAAACACAGCCAUCGAGGGUGUGGAUGAUGCAGAGGACUUUGAGAAGACUAGACAAGCCCUUACACUCCUUGGAGUGCGAGAGUCCCAUCAAAUAAGCAUCUUUAAGAUAAUUGCUUCUAUCUUGCACCUUGGAAGUGUGGAGAUUCAGGCCGAGCGGGAUGGGGAUUCCUGCAGCAUACUACCCCAGGAUGAACACUUAAGCAACUUCUGCCGCCUGCUAGGAAUAGAGUACAGCCAGAUGGAGCACUGGCUGUGUCAUCGGAAGUUGGUCACCACCUCAGAGACCUACGUCAAGACCAUGUCCCUGCAGCAAGUGGUCAAUGCGCGCGAUGCCCUGGCCAAGCACAUCUAUGCCCAGCUCUUCUCCUGGAUUGUGGAACACAUCAACAAGGCCCUGCACACCUCCCUUAAGCAGCACUCCUUCAUUGGGGUCCUGGAUAUCUACGGGUUUGAGACCUUCGAGAUUAAUAGCUUUGAGCAGUUUUGUAUCAACUAUGCCAAUGAAAAGCUCCAGCAACAGUUCAAUUCGCAUGUGUUCAAGCUGGAGCAAGAAGAAUACAUGAAGGAGCAGAUCCCCUGGACCUUGAUUGACUUUCAUGAUAACCAACCGUGUAUAGACCUCAUAGAAGCAAAGCUGGGUAUCCUGGACCUGUUGGAUGAGGAGUGUAAGGUCCCCAAAGGAACUGAUCAGAACUGGGCCCAGAAACUUUAUGAACGACACUCCAGCAGCCAGCACUUCCAGAAACCACGGAUGUCCAACACGGCCUUCAUUGUCAUCCACUUUGCAGACAAGGUGGAGUAUCUUUCAGAUGGUUUUCUAGAGAAAAACAGGGAUACAGUGUAUGAAGAACAGAUCAACAUCUUGAAGGCCAGCAAGUUCCCACUAGUGGCUGAUUUGUUCCAUGAUGACAAGGACUCUGUUCCUGCCACCAACACAGCUAAGAGUCGAUCAUCCUCAAAGAUCAACAUUCGCUCUUCCAGACCCCUCAUGAAGGUCCCCAACAAGGAGCACAAGAAAUCCGUGGGCUACCAGUUCCGCACUUCCCUAAACCUGCUUAUGGAGACCCUGAAUGCCACAACGCCACACUAUGUUCGAUGCAUCAAGCCCAAUGAUGAAAAGCUCCCCUUCCACUUCGACCCAAAGAGAGCUGUGCAGCAACUCCGAGCCUGCGGCGUGCUGGAGACCAUUCGGAUCAGCGCUGCGGGCUACCCAUCCAGAUGGACCUAUCAUGACUUCUUCAACCGGUACCGGGUACUGAUGAAGAAGAGAGAGCUCACCAAUACUGACAAGAAGAAUAUCUGCAAGUCUGUCCUGGAGAGUCUCCUCAAGGAUCCAGACAAGUUCCAGUUUGGCCGCACCAAGAUCUUCUUCCGGGCAGGCCAGGUGGCCUACCUGGAGAAGCUUCGGGCAGACAAGUUCCGGGAAGCUACUAUCAUGAUCCAGAAGACCGUCAGGGGCUGGCUGCAGAGAGUGAAGUACCGUAGGCUGAGGGCAGCUACCUUAUCCCUGCAGAGGUUCUGCAGGGGAUACCUAGCCCGCAGGCUAGCUGAGCACUUGAGAAGGACCCGGGCAGCCAUCGUGUUCCAGAAGCAGUUCCGCAUGCUGAAGGUCCGCCGAGCCUACCUCAGGGUGCACAGGGCUGUGGUAAUCAUCCAGUCCUUCACACGGGCCAUGUUUGUGCGCAGGAACUACCUCCAGGUCCUCAAGGAGCACAAAGCUACCAUCAUCCAGAAAUAUGCCCGGGGCUGGAUGGCACGGAGCCGUUUUCAUCGGCAGCGGGAUGCAGCCAUUGUCAUCCAGUGUGCCUUCCGGAGGCUCAAGGCCAGGCAGGAGCUGAAGGCCCUCAAGAUCGAGGCCCGUUCAGCAGAGCAUCUCAAACGCCUCAACGUGGGGAUGGAGAACAAAGUGGUCCAGCUCCAGCGGAAGAUUGAUGACCAGAACAAAGAGUUCAAGACUCUGUCAGAGCAGUUGUCUGCAGUUACCUCCACACAUGCCAUGGAGGUGGAGAAGCUGAAGAAGGAACUGGCGCAUUACCAGCAGAACCAGGAGGCUGAUACCAGCCUUCAGCUGCAGGAGGAGGUACAGAGCCUGCGCACUGAACUACAGAAGGCUCAGUCGGAGCGCAGGGUCCUAGAGGAUGCUCACAACAAGGAGAAUGGCGAGCUAAGAAAGAGAGUUGCAGACCUGGAACAUGAAAAUGCUCUCUUGAAGGAUGAAAAAGAAUAUCUUAACAACCAAAUCCUGCGCCAGUCAGAAGCUGAAUCUUCACAGAGCUCUGUGGAGGAAAAUCUCCUGAUGAAGAAGGAACUGGAGGAGGAGCGGUCCAGGUACCAGAACCUCGUGAAGGAGUACUCCCAGCUGGAGCAGAGAUAUGAGAACCUUCGGGACGAGCAAACUCCGGGCCACAGAAAGAACCCAUCAAAUCAAAGUAGCUUAGAAUCCGACUCCAAUUACCCCUCCAUUUCCACUUCAGAAAUCGGAGACACUGAGGAUGCCCUUCAGCAGGUGGAGGAGAUUGGCAUAGAGAAGGCAGCCAUGGACAUGACCGUCUUCUUGAAGCUGCAGAAGAGAGUGCGGGAACUGGAGCAGGAGAGGAAGAAGCUGCAGGUGCAGCUAGAAAAGGAACAGCAGGACAACAAGAAAGUACAGGUAGAACAGAACAAUGGCUUAGAUGUGGACCAGGAUGCAGAUAUAGCCUACAAUAGUCUGAAGAGACAAGAGCUUGAGUCCGAGAACAAGAAGCUGAAGAAUGAUCUGAAUGAGCUGAGGAAGGCUGUUGCUGACCAAGCCAUGCAGGAUAACACCACCCACAGCUCCCCAGACAGCUACAGCCUUCUACUGAACCAGCUCAAGCUGGCCAAUGAGGAGCUCGAGGUCCGCAAAGAGGAGGUCCUGAUCCUCAGGACCCAGAUCAUGAAUGCUGACCAGCGCCGACUGUCUGGCAAGAACAUGGAGCCGAACAUCAAUGCCAGAACAAGUUGGCCCAACAGUGAAAAGCAUGUGGACCAGGAAGACGCCAUUGAGGCCUAUCAUGGGGUCUGCCAGACAAACAGGUUGCUGGAGGCACAGCUGCAGGCCCAGAGCCUGGAGCAUGAGGAGGAGGUGGAGCAUCUUAAGGCCCAGGUGGAGGGCCUGAAGGAGGAGAUGGACAAACAGCAGCAGACCUUCUGCCAGACUCUGCUGCUCUCCCCUGAGGCCCAGGUAGAAUUUGGUGUCCAGCAGGAGAUAUCCCGGCUGACCAAUGAGAACCUGGAUUUUAAGGAAUUGGUAGAGAAGCUGGAAAAGAAUGAGAAGAAGCUGAAAAAGCAGCUGAAGAUUUACAUGAAGAAGGUCCAGGACUUAGAAGCUGCCCAGGCACUGGCACAGAAUGACAGGAGGCACCAUGAACUCACAAGACAGGUCACAGUCCAACGGAAAGAGAAGGACUUCCAAGGCAUGCUGGAGUACCACAAAGAGGACGAGGCCCUCCUCAUCCGGAACCUGGUAACAGACCUGAAGCCCCAGAUGCUGUCGGGCACCGUGCCCUGUCUGCCUGCAUACAUUCUCUAUAUGUGCAUCAGGCAUGCGGACUACACCAACGAUGACCUCAAGGUACACUCGUUGCUGAGCUCCACCAUCAAUGGCAUUAAGAAAGUCCUCAAGAAGCAUAAUGAUGACUUUGAGAUGACAUCAUUCUGGUUAUCCAACACCUGCCGCUUCCUUCACUGUUUGAAGCAGUACAGUGGUGAUGAGGGCUUCAUGACACAGAACACUGCGAAGCAGAAUGAACACUGUCUCAAGAACUUUGACCUCACUGAAUACCGUCAGGUGCUAAGCGACCUUUCCAUUCAGAUCUAUCAGCAACUCAUUAAAAUUGCCGAGGGCUUGUUACAACCUAUGAUAGUUUCUGCCAUGUUGGAAAAUGAGAGUAUCCAGGGGCUGUCUGGUGUGAGGCCAACUGGUUACCGGAAGCGCUCCUCCAGCAUGGUGGAUGGAGAGAAUUCGUAUUGCCUAGAGGCCAUCGUACGCCAGAUGAAUUCUUUUCAUACAGUCCUGUGUGACCAGGGCCUGGACCCUGAGAUUAUCCUGCAGGUGUUCAAACAGCUCUUCUACAUGAUCAACGCUGUGACUCUUAACAACCUACUCCUGCGGAAAGACGCCUGCUCCUGGAGCACAGGCAUGCAACUCAGGUACAACAUAAGUCAACUCGAAGAGUGGCUUCGGGGAAAAAACCUUCACCAGAGUGGAGCAGUUCAGACCAUGGAGCCCUUGAUCCAGGCAGCCCAGCUCCUCCAGCUGAAGAAGAAAACCCAUGAAGAUGCUGAGGCCAUCUGCUCUCUGUGUACCUCCCUCACUACCCAGCAGAUUGUCAAAAUUUUAAACCUCUACACUCCCUUGAAUGAAUUUGAAGAACGGGUGACAGUGUCCUUCAUUCGAACAAUCCAGGCUCAGCUACAGGAGAGGAAUGACCCUCAGCAGUUACUGCUGGACUCCAAGCACGUGUUUCCUGUUCUGUUUCCAUUUAACCCGUCUUCUCUGACCAUGGACUCCAUCCACAUCCCAGCCUGUCUCAAUCUGGAGUUUCUCAAUGAAGUCUGAGGAUGAGUGUUUUCAAGUCGAGUGAGAAGGAAGCAUGUGCUGUCAGCUGAGAAAAUGCUAGAACUGUUAAAUAUGCCCAGCGUAGAUCAAACUGUGUUAGAGACCAGCGGCGGGGAGCACGGAACUAAACAGCGGGGCGCACAUUUGUCGUUAGUUUUUGUACAUGCUGCUCAGAAAACACCCAGAAUGUAUACAGUUGUUAAUGCUGUGCUUUCAGGUUAAACCAAGACACAUGAGAACGAAUAGCCACUGUGUAGCUCCAGUCGCCAUAUAAAAAUGCCAGUUCUAGAGAGUGGAAGUGCCUAGCUUUGAUCUUUGUAUAUAACUUGAGAAUGUCCAAACUAAGAUAAUAUUAAAAACACAUGAUGUAAAUU